CGACAACACCACACUGACGAGCCCCGACAAGCCGCCAUCAUGUCGCUCGUCUCCGGAGAGAAGUCGAACUUCCAGUACAUCAUCCGUUUGUUGAACACGAACGUCGAUGGAAAGCAAAAGGUCAUGUACGCCUUGACCAAGAUCAAGGGUGUCGGUCGCCGCUACUCCAACUUGGUCUGCAAGAAGGCCGAUGUUGAUCUCGGCAAGCGUGCCGGUGACCUCACCUCGGAAGAGCUUGAGCGUAUUGUCACCAUCAUCCAGAACCCUCUGCAAUACAAGAUCCCCAGCUGGUUCCUCAACAGGCAGCGCGAUAUCGUCGACGGCAAGAACAGCCAGACCCUUGCCAACGGUGUCGACUCCAAGCUCCGUGACGACCUUGAGCGCUUGAAGAAGAUCCGUGCUCACCGUGGUCUCCGUCACUACUGGGGCCUCCGUGUGCGUGGUCAGCACUCCAAGACCACCGGUCGCCGCGGCCGAACUGUCGGUGUCUCCAAGAAGAAGGGUUAGAGGUUUUCGCUUGCGCUGGGCAGCUGGGGCUGGAUUACGGCUUCUACGAAUCGGGUGGUGCACUUACGGUGUUUAUCAAACGGCAUGCAUUGGCUUUUCACACUCAACAUGCGGAUUCAACGACAUGGAAUGGUGAUGAACAACCACGGCUAAAGGUUGGCCGGAUACAACCUGUAACAAAAACACAAAUCAGCUUCCAUUCUGUUCA